AUGAGGAGCUUGUUCCUUGUCCAGAAGCGAUCUCUCAUAAUAUCGCCGUCCAGCAGCACCAAGCUUCCCUUUGCGAAUCCCCACCACGUCCGGGCUCUCCUCCCCAUUCUCGACGCCGCCGCGGCGAAUCCAGGUACCAAUGUGGCCGCGCUGCUCGAUCGGCGCUUCGGUUUCCCGGGGCUCACCAGGGAUACCUUCCGCGACGUCCUCGGCAGGGUCAAAUGCGGCGCCCUGGCACAGAGAUUCUUCGACUGGGCAGCGACCCAGCAGGGAUUCGCCCACGACAGGUUCACAUACAAUGCCCUUCUUUCGGCAUUGGUGCGCGGAGGGCGGCUGGACGAUGCGCACGAAUCGCUAUCCCUCGCGAAGAAGAAGAAGGCGAUCAUGCUCGAUGUGGCGUCCUACAACAUUGUGAUCCGGGGGCUGUGCCUGGCGGGGAGAUUCUCGCGGGCUUACGAGCUUCUUAAAGAGAUGGAGGCUCUUGGCAUCAAGAAGAGCCAAGUCACACACGGGAUCAUCCUCAAGGCUCUGUGCGAGAGGAAGGAGGUGGAUCAAGCGCUAAGUUACUUCCACUCGGUGUCUCCAAGGUCGGACUUAGACGUGGUUUCUUACACGACUUUGAUCAUGGGAUUGGCAGACUCGGGCAGGAUCGAUGUAGCUUGCGAGCUCUUCGAGGAGAUGAGCUCUUCCGGGAGCCAGUGCGUGGUGGCUUACACUGCCAUCAUCAACGCGCUCUUCAAAGCUCACAGACCCGAUCAAGCAAUUGCCUGCUUUGAGAGAAUGGUGGCGAGGAAGUGUGACCCGGAUCUAAGGACUUUCACGGUCGUCAUCACGGGGCUUUGCAAGGCUGGGAAGCUGAACAGAGCUUGUGAGGUGUUUCAGGAGAUGAAUCGCAAGGGGUGGAAGCCAGACAUUAUUGUUUACACGAGCUUGGUGGAUGGAUUGUCCAAAGCGAGCAUGAUGGACGAGGCACGGAAGCUCCUCCAGGAGAUCGUCUCUAGGGGGAUGAAGCCGACGGAGGUGACUUACACUUCUUUCAUCAGUGGUCUUUGCAAGAACGGCCGAGUGGAAGAAGCUGGAAAGCUUGUUCGUGAGAUGGGAAAGAUGUGUGCCGCGGAGGUGCUUCACUGUAUCUUCGGGGGCUAUGUUUUGGAAGGGAAGAUCGAGGAGGCCUUGACUUUGAAGGACGAGAUGGUGAAGAAGGGAGUGACUCUGGAUGUAAGGUGCUACACAAAUCUCAUCCAUGGGCUGUUUUACGUGAGACGAAACGAUGAAGCACAAGAGAUGUUUGAAGCCAUGGUCCGGCAGGGAUGUGUCCCGGAUACUCGUACUUACGGCAUGAUCGUCAGCCACUUCUGCAAGCAAGGCAAGAUGCAAGCAGCGUGCAAAGUCGUAGAGAUCAUGGACGCAGCGGGACUGGAAGCAAACUGCCACGUCUACAACUCGCUCAUGGAUGGAUUCCUGGGGGUGAACCGAGCGAGAGAGGCGAUCAACGUUUACAGCACGAUGCUGCGCAAGAUGGUGAAGCCGAGCAUCGUGACUUAUAACAUCCUCAUGCUCGGGCUCUGCAAGCUGGGCCAGACUGCGGAUGCCCGGCUGGUGCUCAGGGAGAUGCGAGAGAGAGACGGGAUCGUUCCGACAAUCGUCUCGUAUCGGACUUUGAUCCACGGGCUUGGAAAGGCGGGACGUGCAGACGAGGCCAUCGAUGUCUUCACAGAGAUGGUUGACAACGGCGUGGUUCCCGACUGUCCGAGCUGCACGAGCCUCAUUCAAGCUUUGGCAAUGGCGGACAGGAUGGACGAGGCGACGCAGCUCCUUAGAGACAUGCCGAGGAUGGGAAUCACUCCCGAUGCUCUGGCUUACAAUGCUCUGGUCAAGGUGCUGUGUGGUGGUGCCAAAGUUGGGCCUGCCUGGGACGUUCUUGUGGAGAUGAUGGACAACAGCUGCGUCCCAGAUGGCUCGACGUUUAGAGCUAUGAAGCUGGGAUUCAAGGCUGAUACAGCUUGAUCCCCGAUCGAUUUCCAAAACUUGGUUGUAGCUAGACUAGGAUUAAUAACACUGUUAUUUAAAGCACUCUCAAUUUGUUUCCAGUGAUGGAACUAUACA